AAAUACCUCAGUCUGUGCCGAGAACCCAAACUCCGCGCGACUCUGUGUUCUGUGACUUGUGUUGAUCUUUUACUGACUAAAAAUGCCGUACACGAUGAAACGUGUCUCGGAAAACCAAGCCGGGUUCCCCGGCAUUCCCAACUCUAUCAGUGGACAGUUCGGUUCUUUCGUCCCGUCUCUAGGAUCUCUCGGCGACACAUUAGGCUCAAACUUCGGAAAUGUUCUUAGUGGAGGUGGUGGAAAUUUGGGCAACAUUGGAAACUUGAUCGGUGGUGGUGGCAACAUCGGUAAUUUAAUCAGUGGGGGAAACAUAGGAAAUUUGAUAAGUCAAGGGGGAAACAUAAAAAAUUUAAUCAAUCAAGGAGGGAAUAUUAAGGAUUUGAUCAACCAAGGUGCGAACAUAAAAGAUUUGAUCAGUGGGGGAGCAAACAUCGGAAAUAUUUUCGGUGGGGGUAAACCGCCUUUUGGCAUUCCCAGUGAUAUAAAAGGCACUUAUCACUACAUCAACAGAAUUCUGCGUUCUGGACAAGAAGGGACUUCGCCUUAUCAUCCUGCAACUACAGUUUUCAAUCUAGGAGAGAGAGGGUCUGGGUUCCGGAAGCAGACUGAUAUCCAGGACUUCUACAAGAUCCGGGAUGAGUGUCUGGCCGAGGGGAAGCUCUGGGAAGACCCGGAGUUUGAAGCAGCGGACAGCUCGAUAUUCUUUAGUCGAGGGCCACCAAAACCAUUCGAAUGGAAAAGACCAAUGGAAAUCAGUGACGACCCACAACUGUUUGUCGAGGGAGCGACCAGGUUCGAUGUACAGCAAGGAGAAUUAGGUGACUGUUGGUUGUUGGCAGCAGUGGCUAACCUCACUCUACAACCAACAUUGUUCCACCAGGUCGUACCAGAUGAUCAGGGCUUUGAUGACAAAUACGCAGGGAUCUUUCACUUCAGGUUCUGGCAGUACGGGAGAUGGGUGGAUGUUUGUGUAGACGACCGUCUGCCGACCUGCUACGGACAACUUGUGUAUCUUCACUCUAGUCAGAGCAAUGAGUUUUGGAGUGCCUUGUUGGAAAAGGCAUACGCCAAGCUGCACGGAUCAUAUGAAGCUUUGAAGGGAGGCAGUACAUCCGAGGCUAUGGAAGACUUCACGGGAGGCAUCACAGAAAACUACGAUCUGGAAAAAGCUCCACCUCACCUGUUUCAAAUCCUGCUCAAGGCAUAUGAAAGAAAUUCACUCAUGGGCUGCUCUAUUGAGCCGGACCCCAGUGUGACGGAGAUGCAGACGAGGGACGGUCUCGUGAAGGGUCACGCGUACAGCAUCACCAGGGUACAAUCCGUGGACAUCAACACUCCCAACAUGUCUGGCAAGAUACCUCUGCUGCGUCUGAGGAACCCCUGGGGCAACGAGGCGGAGUGGAACGGCCCGUGGAGUGACAAAUCGCCAGAAUGGAGGUUUAUACCGGAACAUGAGAAGCAGGAGAUUGGUUUGGUGUUUGAGAACGACGGAGAGUUUUGGAUGUCGUAUCGAGACUUCAUCAAGCACUUCAUGCGGCUGGAGAUCUGUAACUUGAACCCCGACUCUCUAACGGAGGAUGAACUGACAGCCUCGGACAAGAAGCGAUGGGAGAUGAGUGUGUUUGAAGGAGAGUGGGUGAGAGGAGUCACUGCUGGAGGCUGUAGAAAUUAUCUACAAUCGUUCGCUCACAAUCCUCAAUACAGAAUCACUCUGACAGACGUUGAUGAAGAUGACGAAGAGAACAAGUGUACGAUUGUGAUUGGUCUGAUGCAGAAGAACAGAAGAUCACAGCGGAGGUUAGGCCGAGACUGUCUUACCGUUGGGUUUGCCGUUUAUAGGCUUGAAGACCCAGACAACCUGCCUACUCCUCUGGAUAAGAAUUUCUUCACGUACAAUGCAUCUGUUGCACGAUCCCCCACCUUCAUCAACAUGCGUGAGGUAGCCGAGCGAUUCACACUGCCUCCCGGCGUAUACUGCAUAGUGCCUUCCACCUUUGAACCCAACGAGGAGGGAGAGUUCCUGCUACGAGUGUUCUCUGAGAAGAAGAAUAACAUGGAGGAGAAUGACAACGAAGUUGGUUUGAAGGAGAUGGAUGACAGGGAUUACGAUAACAUCAACCGUUUCGGCGAUCCAGAAAAGAGAAGUUUAGAGCCUUCAGGGAUCAUCGAACCACCUCAACCGGAGCCGGAGGUGAAGAGGAAUGAUGAGAAGGUGAGGGAGUUCUUCAACAAGUUGGCCGGAGAAGACUUGGAAGUGGACUGGAUGGAACUCAAGGAGAUUCUCGACUACGCGAUGCGAAACGAAGUGUCCGCUUCAUCGGCUGCCGGAGGUGACAACGUAAUCAUGAACCUCCUAUCCCUCGUUUGUGGAACAUUUUUUCAGGACUCGCCCAUCGCAACUGUGUUUGCCGGAGCCAGUGAUUUUUUAACAGACACUGUCGGCAAAGGAGGUUUCUCCAAGGAUGUUUGCCGCAGCAUGAUUGCUAUGUUAGACAUGGACCACUCAGGAAAACUGGGCUUUGACGAGUUCAAGCUUCUUUGGACAGAUAUCAGGCAUUGGAAGCAAAUCUACCAGUUGUACAGUAAGGAGACCCAAGGCUACUUGAGCUCAUUUGAGCUCAGAGAAGCUCUGAACGCUGCAGGAUACAGCCUUAACAACCACAUCCUGAAUAUCCUGGCCCAUCGAUACGCCAACAAGGAAGGGAAGAUAUCCUUCGAUGACUUUAUCAUGUGCGCCAUCAAGCUCAAGACCAUGAUUGAAUAUUUCAAAGACAAAGACCCCACAGACAGCAACAAAGCUAUGUUCACGUUGGAGGAGUGGGUAGAGAAGACCCUCUACUCGUGAAGAGACCACGUGGCCUACCCGCACUCAACGCAAGAUCUGCGUCCUUACAAGAGGGUUCACAAUCGUGUUCAAAACGCCUUUGAAUCUCAGGAGCUCUCCAUGAUUUCUCUAUAGGAAGUGGACUUUUCUCUUCGCCACAUCCAAGUCCAGCCAGUAUUAUGUUCAAAGCUAAUUUAUAUGUAUCACGUUUUUAUACUUUGUACUCUUGCUUAAGAAGUCAGAUUUGUAAAUUUCUAGGUGUAAACUCUAUCAGGUAUGUUUUGCUAUCAGUUGUUGAGAAACCUGAAGGUCUGUAAAGUGAUAAUUUCGCUAACUUUAAAAAUUAUAUUUCUUAUAGUUUUGAACUUGUACAUUUUGUUUCAUACUACCCUUGUUAUAUUGAUUUAUGAAUUGUUAACAUAAACUUUUGCCUCAUAAAAUGCACAAUUUUUGACUAUGUAAAUGUCUUCAAGUUUACAUUAAUGAAUAUAACGUUUCCAAUUAACGCUUAUGUAUGUUAUAGUAGGAAGCAGGUGUUUUGUACAGAUAUAAAUGCUAAACAGCUUUAUUUUUUAUAAAUGUUUUAUGUAGUGCACUUGGUCUGAAAUGUUUUGUCAUCAACUUUUAAUAUAACUACAAUCAGAUGCAUAUUGUUCUGAAUAUUUGAAUUUAAAUAAAUUAUCUAAGUUGAAUGUUAA